AGACUUUUGAGCUCCUGGUUACCUGACGUGGGAAUAGUGUACAGCAUUGAAGACCCCAUUGCACCGCCAAUUGACCAUUCGUCACCAUGAGAAAGAAGCCGAGAUAUCACUCGUUGAAGAAGCUUAAAAUCCGCCAGGAUUGGUCACGAUGGACAUUAUAUAGCAUAGCGAAGCUGACACGGCCGGACACACGAACGAAGACAUACUUCCAGCAGAAAUGGGCAGCCAAGUCAGACACACGAGCAUACCACGGCGAGGUCAUACGAGAGAAGAAAUGGAAACGCCAAUUCAAGAGGAACAUCCCCGCGGUGGUGCCCAUGGACCACAGAUAUCUGGCGAGAAAUGAUGGUUCUGAGCAGGCAGCCGGACGAGGUGCGGGUGCAGACGUCGAGGAGACCAAAUACGCUCCGCAGAGGACGCCGUACAUGCAAAUGACAUACUACCCCAUCGAGCGGAGACUCGACACCGCCAUCUUCAGAGCCCUCUUCUCGAGCAGUGUCCGCCAGGCCCGACAGUUCUGUGUCCACGGGCUCGUCACCGUCAAUGGAAAGAAGAUGGUAUACCCUGGAUACAUGCUCAACCCAGGCGACAUGUUCCAAGUGAACACCGAAUCCGUGAUGUUUGCCACGGGCGCCCAAAAGUCCCGCUCCUCCACGGGCCGCAAAGUCGACGCCGAGAAGCGCGCCGCACGAGCAGACUCGUGGACAAACACGACCCCCACCGACGCCGAACCCAGCAUUGCGGAGCUCGCCGCGAAAUCCACCCGCAGCGAGCCCACCCCCACCGAACUCAAAGAGCACCUCCAGACCCUCAUGUCCAACGUCGAAGAAGUCCUCGCCGCAGAGGUGAAAGCGAAAGACAAGCAGAAGUUCCGCAGCUUCAGACAGGAAGUCAAGAAGGCCAUCGCGCUGUGGAAAACCGCAUCGCCUGAGACAAUCAGCACCCUGGACUCGCAGUUCGACUUCCUCAAAGCCCGUGUCGCCGCCUCCUCCUCCGACUCACCCGCAGACUCCUCCGCCCCUACAUCCCUCAUCUCCCCCGAAGACCAGCUGAAACUCAAACAAGCAUUCGACCGGUUGAAGGAGAAAGCACAGUACGACGCCGCGUGGAACAAGCGCGACGCUUCCAAGCCGUACGCGACGCCCUGGCGCCCCAAGGACUUCAUGCCCGCCUUUGCGUUCAUUCCACGCUACCUCGAGGUCAACCAGAAUAUUUGUGCGGCCGUGUACCUGAGACACCCCGUCGCCAGGCCAGGGCUCGCGGAGGUGCCGACACCGUUUCCGUUCGAGACGAGCCAGUUGGCAUUUAAUUGGUACUUGAGGAGGCGGUAGAUGUGUGUAUGUAGAAAGACGGGGGUUUAUCUCGUGAUGGUGGGAUGUAAGAAAGAAAGAAUAGAUAGGACGAUUCAUGUAUUAUCACACCUCAUUACAAUCGCAUUUGAUCAAGAAAUAAAUAAAUGUAACAUGUAUU